AUGACUGCCACUGUCGAAAACUCCAAGGCGAAGCGUUAUGACCCAGGAGCAAACAUCGACCGGGCCCAAACCUGUAUGGUAGUUGGCCCUCGCUGCUAUUGCCGAACCACCAGAGGCCUCAUGUCUGAAGCACAUCUGUACUGGGAAAUUCGAAAGUUUCUGGCAGCAAAUGCAGCUUACCGUCGCUCGCUCAAAAAUGUACCGUUUUAUGACCGACAGGCUCUGUCCACUCCGGCGAGUCAGAGCUACUCGAGCCGCAGGUUUGCUCAGGGCCUUGCUCAAUAUUUGUUCUAG